UUUUUCAAUUUUUUUCAAAUCAGGAAAAUAAUUUUUACAUCAUUUUUUCAUACAUAGAUUUUAAUUAAUAAACCGUUAUUGUUGUUUAAAUUGAACAUCAGAAAUCACAUUUUGAACAAUGCAAAAGGAUGAUAAACAACCACGUCCAGACCCGAUCAUCGGAAUUUUAGGUGGUGAUUUAGGACCAUGGCAGCUGAUCGUUUGCUUAUGGAUAUUUUUGUCAAAAUUUCCCACCGGUUGGGUACAGAUCUCCAUGGUCUUCCUACAGGCACCCGUCAAGGCCAGUUGUAAGGAUGGUAGCGGUGGCAAUGUUAGCGACAUCUGCCAAGCCGAUUGCGAUGACUACGAAUAUGAUCAUAGCAUUUUCGAGCAAACUAUAAUUACUGAAUGGGAUUUGAUAUGUAAACGCCAGUGGUUGGAACAAUUAUCACAAUCACUAGUUAUGGUCGGCAUUAUGUUGGGCAAUAUGAUCAUGGGCAUGCUGGCUGAUAAAUGGGGACGCCGACCCAUGUUUGUGAGCUCAUGUGUACUACAACUUGUAGCCGGUUGCUUAGUUUCGGCUACGCCAUGGCUUUGGUUCUAUAUGUUGAUGCGGUUUUUGGAUGGCUACGCAACCGGCGGCACCAUGUCGACAGGUUUCACUAUCAUCAUGGAGAUCGUGGGUAAAAGCAAACGUGAGCUUAUGGCCAUACUGUAUCAGAUCCCUUUCAAUUUGGGUCAUGCCACUUUACCGCUGUUCGCCUAUUUCUUUAGGCAUUGGCGUUGGUACCAUCUCUCCUUUUCAUCCUUCUCAGUUGUUUAUUUAGUCUUCUUUUGGACCGUGCCAGAAUCACCACGUUGGCUUGUUACAACCGGCCGUACGGAGCGAGCCGUUGCCUUGCUCGAAAAAGCUGCCAAACGCAACAAAAUGCCAACUGAUAAAAUAGCACAGGAUGUGGAGGAUGCACAAAAAUUAUUAGCCUCAGCGCCAAGUGCACAGAAGGGUAAUCUUGCUGACUUAUUCAAGCACGCUUACCUCUGCCAGAAGACGAUUGCCAUGGCAUUCAAUUGGUUGGUCGUUUGCUUGGUCUACUAUGGCUUAUCACAAUUUAUGGCUUCGUUGACGGGUAAUAUAUUUCUUAAUAUUUUUGUUGCCGCAAUUUUGGGCGUACCUGGCACUUGCUUAUGCGUACCGGCCACCAAAUACAUGGGUCGCCGUCUAACGCUCUUCCUUUCCAAUAUGGUGAGUGGCAUUUCACUCACUCUCCUCGCUUUUGGCACACACUAUCACAGUGUAGUUCGUGUGGUUCUGGCGACAAUUGGCCUCUUUGGUGCUUCGGUUACGUUUCCAAAUGUCUACUUGUAUGCCGGUGAGUUGUUCCCAACUGUCGUACGACCAACUGGUGUUGGCUUGUGCUCGUUUGUUGGACGCAUUGGUUCGAUUAUGGCGCCGUGGAUAGAAGGUUUGAAAAAAUAUCAUGUCUACAUACCUCCAGGCGUUUUUGGUGGUUUCGCUUUUUUGGCUGCAGCUUCGGUUUUUCUUAUGCCCGAAACGAAGGGAUAUCCCUUGCCGGAGACAAUUGAAGAUGGCAAUACAUUUGGAAGAAAACCUAAGGAGACAAAUGAAAAAUAGACGCUUGGAGGAGAGGAAUACUAAAUUUUUUGUGAUAUUUCCCUUUUUUUUUACUAAAUGAACUAAAUAAAGUUUUGUAAUUAGUCUACGAGAAGGUGAAAAUCUUGUCAUUAACAAUUGCGGAAUAAAAAAAAUCUUUUGAA